AGCGGCAGCCCGCCCCGGCGCGUUGUGGUCAUUGGUAAAGGCAACUCGGGGUUUGGGUGGAGUGUGGGCAAGUCCUGAGGACCGUCGUCCGCGAUACAGCAGUGCAGCCAUGGCAGAACCUCAGCCCGCGUCUGGCGGCCUUACCGACCAGGUUGCCCUCGGUUGCUGCUCGGACCCGGACCCCAGCACCAAGGAUUUUCUGUUGCAGCAGACCAUGCUGCGAAUUAAGGAUCCUAAGAAGUCUUUGGAUUUUUAUACCAGAGUUCUUGGAAUGACGCUACUCCAAAAACUAGAUUUUCCCACUAUGAAGUUUUCACUCUAUUUUUUGGCUUAUGAGGAUAAAAAUGACAUCCCAAAAGACAAAGAUGAAAAAGUAGCAUGGGUAUUCUCCAGAAAAGCUACGCUUGAGCUGACACAUAAUUGGGGCACUGAGGAUGAUGAGACCCAGAGUUACCACAGUGGCAAUUCAGACCCUCGAGGAUUUGGUCACAUUGGAAUUGCAGUUCCUGAUGUACACGGUGCUUGUAAAAGGUUUGAAGAACUGGGAGUCAAGUUUGUGAAGAAACCUGAUGAUGGUAAAAUGAAAGGCCUGGCAUUUAUUCAAGAUCCUGAUGGCUACUGGAUUGAAAUUUUGAAUCCUAACAAAAUGAUAACUAUUAUUUAGUUCUGUGACAAUAAUGCUUUGAGAUUUCAGUGAGAACACUGUGGGAGGUAAAAAAGUAAAACAAUGUGAUUUGAGAUAUUCAGAUAACAGAAGCAUCUAGGACUGAUAUUUCACUGUCCCAAUUCAAAUUAUUCUUAAGUCCAUUUCCCCUCCUAUUUCAGCUGUGUUUUUAACCUAUCUGUUCAGUCAUUCUAGUUUUAAAGUAGUGCUUUGUCUUGUGUCCUUGAAUGUAGUUGUAUAACAUUACUUUUUUAGGUAAUAAUUAGAACAGUUCCCUUCAAAGGCUGCAUUUGCCUUCUCUCUCCUAACUAUGACUUCUCUACAGGUCUGCCUUUGAACCAUUUAAGAAAACAUUUAACAUGUUCUUGAGGCUACCUUCUGGGGUUUUAGUUCCUCAGAGAUAUCUCUUCACAGUAGAAAGUAAAGAGCACUGAACAAAAAAUGAAACUUUCUGUGUUCUUCAAAUGGUAUAAAGUGUUUACAAAAGAGAAGGCACUCUUGAGAGCAGUUCAGAAUCCUGCUGACAAGGAUGCUGGCAGAAAAACUAAUUUCUUCUUAUUUAUAAAGUACUUUCAAAGUUCAAGGACUAACCUCUUUAAUUUGGGAUGGGGAGGAGGAUGGGAAUAUUAUUUCCUGGGUAUGUAUGUCACGUAUUUUAUCUCGCUUAAUCCUCCCAACUAUCCUGUGAGAAAGGAAAGAGGCUAGACAUGUAAGGUAACUUGAAUGAAUUAAGACAAUGCAAAUAGGCUCAAGUACUCAAGAUUUCAUCAUAAUUUUUAGUAUUUAGAUCGUACCUCAUAAAUUAGUACCUCAUGACAUGCCCUUCACUGGUCCCCUGUCGUGAAUACCUUCAGUGAGUUAACGUUAUCCUCUCACUCAGCCCGGGUACCACGGGAAGGGAAGCAGCCUAUAGCACACAGCUGCUCUGGGGAUGCCCACUGUUCUUGUGUGAGUGGUGCUUGUUUUACUUAUGAAGAGCCCCUACCCCAAGGUUUUCCAGAUGCCAGUAAUCAUUUAGGAUAAAUUAUGAUCUGUGACAACAAUACUUAGUUAUCAGAAAUCAGCUUAGUGGUCUUCCCUGCCAUGAUUGACAUUUGGUGGAUUUUUAAAAACUAAACUGAUUUGGAAAAUCUCCUAGGGCCCAGAGAAAAAGAACAUCCAGCAGUGGUUUGACAACAGGUAGAUUUCCUGUAGACUCUGGUGGAAGGUCUUUGGGCAGGCCGUGCCAGCUGUGCUUACACUGCUAGAGGCACUUUACACUUCCUUUUUGGAUGGAAUGGAUUUAUGUGAAGCAACUCAAACAAAUAGCAAUACUCACAGACCAAAAUAAAAUAAAUAUUUAAAUAAGACUAUGUUUAAUGUGU